AUUUAUUGAGUUUACUCAUAAAGACUUUCCAUUUGUCUCUGCUCUGCUCUGCUCCACACCAAAAUGGAGCAGCAACGAGGAGAUGAUGCAGCAGCUAAAGAGGAGGGAAAACAAGCCAUGAAAAUGAAGAAGGGGCAUCUAGCUCCGGCUCUCAAGCUCUCCCUCCCUCCUCCAGACGAAGCUUCUCUCUCUAACUUCGUGACGGGAUCUGGGGCGAUUGAGGGCGGUGAUUUGUUGGUGAACAAAGAUGGAGUGCAGCUUGUCUCUGAGAAUGAAGUUCAAGCUUCAGCACUAAUCCAGCCAUCCGAUAACCAGUUGAGCUUAGCAGACUUUGAUGUUGUUCGAGUAAUCGGUAAAGGGAAUGGCGGCAUUGUGCACUUGGUGCAGCAUAAGUGGACAGCCCAAUUCUUUGCUCUCAAGGUCAUUCAAACAAACGUCGAAGAGUCUACUCGUAUGCAUAUAGUAAGAGAGCUAAAAAUCAAUGAAUCAGCAACACAGUCCCCUUACAUUGUAGUCUUCUACCGAUCUUUCUAUGAAAACGGUGCAAUCUACAUAAUCUUGGAGUACAUGGACGGCGGGUCUCUUGCAGAUUUUAUGAAGAAGGUUAACAUGAUCCCCGAGCCGUAUCUUGCAGCAAUCUGUAAGCAGGUACUGAAAGGCUUGUGGUAUCUUCAUAACAAAAAACACAUUAUCCACCGGGACAUGAAACCUUCGAAUCUGCUGAUAAACCACAGAGGCGAAGUCAAGAUAACCGACUUUGGUGUUAGUGCAAUGCUCAAUAGCACGUCUAGUGUGGCUGAUACAUUCACUGGCACGUACAUGUACAUGUCUCCAGAGAGAAUCCGGGCAGGCCCAUAUGGUUACAAAAGUGAUAUCUGGAGCCUCGGGUUGGUCCUGCUAGAGUGUGCAACGGGGAAGUUUCCAUUCUCCCCACCACAGCCGGGAGGGUGGGCCUUCUACGAUCUGAUGAAUGCUAUUGUGGAUCAACCGGCACCUUAUGCAUCUUCUGAUGUAUUUUCGACUGAGUUCUGCUCUUUCAUUUCUUCUUGUGUGCAGAAGGAUCCAAAGGAUAGACUUUCUGCGAACGAACUCAUGGCACAUCCUUUUAUCACUAUGUACGACGAGCUUGGCGUUGAUCUAGCCAUGUACUUGACGAGCGCAGGACCUCCACGGGAGGAGGUUCGAAUCUAACCAUGUUAUGACAAGCAUGCUUCUAGGAGUUGGAAUUAAUUUUGUACUAUUGUAAAAUGAAGACGGUUGGAAAUAGAGAAUCUCGUGAAUCACCCCCAAAUUUGGGAUGUCUUUGAA